CCACCGGGGCGGGGCGGGGGGAGGAGCGGCGCCGGCAGCCGGGCCGCGCCGGGGCACCGGGAGCGGCGAGGAGGCCGCUUCCGCGCCCAUGUGCCCGCAGCCCCCGCCGUCCAUGGAAGUGAUGGAGGGGCCCCUCAACCUGGCUCACCAGCAGAGCAGAAAAGCAGACCGCUUGUUGGCAGCAGGGAAAUAUGAAGAAGCAAUUUCUUGUCACAGAAAAGCUGCUGCAUACCUUACAGAAGCUAUGAAGCUGACCCAGUCAGAGCAGGCUCAGCUAUCACUGGAAUUACAAAGGGAUAGUCACAUGAAACAGUUACUGCUCAUCCAGGAGAGGUGGAAAAGGGCAAAGAGAGAGGAAAAAAUGAAAGCUCAACAGAAUGUGGACAGAGAAUUAGCUGCACAUCUUCAGACUUCUUUUAAGCCAUCAGCUGAAGAAUCUGAUGAACAAAAUGUGUUGAUUCCCGUGACUCAGAAAUACAGCCCUUCCACAGAGAAGCAUCUACAAGAUAUUCAGGGUGUCUUUGACAGGGACCCGGAUACACUGUUAUUUCUGCUUCAGAAAAAAAAUGAGCCAGUGGAAGCGUGUAUUGGGAGUAAAGCUCCAAAAGAUGACAAAACAAUCAUAGAAGAGCAGGCAACCAAAAUUGCAGAUUUGAAGCGGCAUGUGGAAUUUCUGGUAGCUGAAAAUGAGAGAUUGAGGAGGGAGAAUAAGCAAUUAAAAGCAGAAAGAGCUAGACUCCAAAAAUCUCCAGUAGAGAAAGAGUUGGAUGUAGAUGCUGACUUUGUAGAGAAGUCAGAGUUGUGGGGUCUGCAGCAACACUCAGAAACUGCUUCUUCAGCUCCAUCUUGGCAGGAGUUUGCAACAACUGCUGGGAAGGCAAAGGACAUUCCAAUACCCAACCUUCCCCCCCUGGACAUCCCAUCCCCUGAACUCCCUCUGCUGGAACUCUCUGAAGAUAUACUAAAAGGACUGAUGAAUAGUUAAAAAACAGGAAAAAAAAGUGCUCUAUGUAGUUACCUGAACCAAGAAAAGGGAAAACCACCAGGACAAUGAUGGCCUGAGGGCAGAAACAUCUUACACAAUCCUACUGUUGGAGAAAAGGCAUUAAAGCAACUUUGUUACUGUGAAAUACACAUCAUAUCUAAUCUACUUCAUAAAAUCGGAAGGUACCGUAACUGGUAUACUAUGGCAAGCUCUUUAGUCUUUCUCCCAAUGUUUCAAACCAAAUGACUGCCUGGAGAAUGUUUCAUGUAACAGAAUCCUUCAGGGGUUUAAAGUAUACUAUAUGUAAUAGUUAUCUAUAUUGCCAUAAAUGAUGGUGCAGAAUCUAACUGUUAUGGUUGCCAGUUGGCUGCCACUUCAUAUUGAAAAAUGCUUUCUAGCAUGAAUUUAAACUGUGCAUUUCAUUAUGCAUAACUUUGUUAAUUCAGAUACAGUGCAAUUUAUACACCUCCUAGAUGGAUUUAUGUGCCACACUCUGUGCUCCUGACCGAGUUAACCUCAAGUCAGGAGAGACUGAAAUUUCCAUUCUAUGAAGGAACCAACUUAUUACUUCUGUUGAUAAGUUUUGGGGGGUUAUCUGUUUACAUAACUAAUCAGGGUGCAUCAAAUCUAGCUAUUGGUUUCUGUAUAAAGUGACAUUGUCAAAAAAAAGAAA